AUGCGACUGAAAUAUUUAACAUUUUUGGUGAUUUCUGUAGUUUGUGAAACAAAUAUUACUAGUUCAAAUAUUGAGUUAGAGAAAGAUGGUAAGUUUUUUUUAGUUUUGAUAAUUGAGUAAAACAUUGUCAAAAUUUAGAAAACAAUACAAGUACAUCUCCACAUUUAAAAAUUGCUCAUGAUCAAGGAGCUCUUGUUGUCGCCGCUUUUCCGGUAAUCUCAACAAUUCGACCGAAAAAUAAGAAAAAAGGUAUGAAUGGUCCUUUUUCAUCAAAUAUUGGGAAUACUGGAUCAAGUUAUAAUCGAAGAGGUUCAUGGAGUGCAUCGACAGGAAAUCCAUAUUCAAGGUGAGAAAUUAUAAGAGGGUUUUGGGAAUCUUGAAUUUUGUAUAAGGAGGCUUUUUUUUGAAAAAUUCAGACAAUUAGGGAAACCUAAAAAAUGAUAAAAUGAUUGUUAGAGUUUUAUUUGAAAUGUCUAUCAGGUGUUUUUCGGUUUUUCUAAAUUUGAGUUUAUCUGGUAUUGAUCUUAAAGUCCAACCUCAGCAUAAAGUUCUGAUUUCCAGCGGCUACUCCGGUGUACCUGAUUCUCAACGACCCACCGGUAACACAGGCGGUGGAAUGACACGAAACAACAAACGAACAUUCGGAAGUUAUGGAAGUGUAGAUAGUGCGAAGGGACAAAGUGCAAUGAAUCGCGGAAAUUAUGGAAGUAAUGGAAACGGAAGACGCGGAGGGAACAGUAACAAUAAUGGGGGAAGCAGUGGCGGAUGGGGAGAUAACGAUAAUUACGGAUCAUCUUCGAAUAAUCGCGGCGGAUGGGGAACAAAUGACAACGAUAAUGAUAAUAGCAACUAUGAGAAUUCGAAUAAUCGAGGUGGAAAUGGAAACGGAAACGGAAAUACUGGUGGAUGGGGUGACAACGAAAAUAGUAACAGCAAUUAUGGUUCAUCAAAUAAUCGUGGCGGAAAUAGUGGAGGAAGAUGGGGAGAUAAUGAUAACGAUAACAGUAAUUCGAAAAAUAGCUGGGGAAAUGGAAAUAGUGAUAAUGACAACUACGGAAGUUCUUCCUCAAAUAAUAAUCGAGGAUCAAACGGAGAUGGUGGCUGGGGUGACAAUGACAAUUAUGGAAGCUCCUCGAAUAACAAUCGGGGAGGAAACGGGGGAAAUAGUGGUGGCUGGGGAGAUAAUGAUAAUUAUGGAAGUUCGUCAUCGAAUAAUCGUGGUGGAAAUAACGGAGGAGGAUGGGGAGAUAACGAUAAUGAUAAUCGAAAAAGUGGAGGAGAUAAUUGGAAUUCUCGAGGUGGAGGAGGAGAUAAUAGCGAUAACUGGAACAGUCGAGGAAAUGGAAAUGAAAACGAGAACGAUAAUUGGAACAGCAACAAUAAUCGAGGAAAUGGCGAUAAUGAUAAAGGCGGCUGGGGUGACAAUAACAACUAUGGUUCAUCGAAUAGUCGAGGAAAUGGUGGAUGGGGUGAAAAUACCAACAAUAAUAAUGGUUGGAAUAAUAAUAAUGGAAAUUAUGGAAGUUCAUCUUCUUCGAACGGUGGAGAUAACGAUAAUAAUUAUAACGGCGGAAGUUAUGGUAACUGGAACAACAACGGAGGAGGAUAUGGGAAUAACGGCGGAGACAAUGAUAAUAAUAAUAAUAACAACAACAACGGUGGGAAUGGCGGAAAUGGCGACGAGGAUUAUGGAGAUUAUGAUGAUCGACGAAUGAAGGAUCCAACCGAAGAACAGAAAUUGCAAAAGAAAAUUGCGGAAUUGACAGAUAUGGAUUCGUACAGGAAGAAAGUUUGA